UUAAAAAUGAGUUUAAAAUUAUUUUACUCGUAAAAAUAAUAUCAUAUCAUAGAUUUCUUUUCAAAAAGUUAUAAAGCAUGUAUAAAAAAUUAAUGUUAUAUGAGUUUUUCUUAUUUUGGCAAUUAAGUCAAGUUUUAGAUGUAUAUUGUUAUACUGAACGUAAAGAUUUUAAAAAAUACCUUAUUGACUCAUUAAACUACAUUCGUGUUCAAAAUGGAUGGAACUUUAUUCAACAUACAGAAAUUAAACGUGAGCACUUAACAAUUAAUAAAAAUAGCGUCACAAGUGAAAUUAUCGAUGAAAAAAACUUUAUAAAAAAACUCUACUGUAUAACUUGUCUCUUAAACUGUGAACAUACCAAUACAAUGCAAACUUUCAAUGUAAUUUUAAGCGUUGUUUUAAAUAAAUGUGAAAUGUACAUUUCAAAAAAUAAAUAUGGACCAUUGAAAUAUUGCACAGAGCUAAUUAUUAAUAUUUUUAAAUGUUCAUUAUUUAUGUUUAAAAAUAUGUUGAAUAUGGCAAAAUAUCUCGAUAAUAUCGACCUACGAAUUAUAAACUCGCCUGUCCUUAAUAUUAAAACUGUAGAUAGUGAAAUUAAUUAUUUUUACAAUUACGCAUUUCAGUUAAAUAAAUUCAUUGUUUUAUCUAUUACUGAUAAUUUGGUCAAUAUUUUUGAAAAUAUAAUAGAUUUCAAUAAAGAAGCUGAAUUAAUGAUAUCAAAUCUUUACCAAAAUAGAAAAGUGUGCGGGACAGAACAUACAAGUUCUAUUUUAACAUAUGUAUUGAUGAAAUAUAACAUCGAUCAAAUGGAAAAACUGGUAGAGGAUUCCAACGAUUAUAUUAAUAAUAUUUACAAAGAUCUUGAAUCAUAUAUUUUUGGAAUUACUGAAAAUUUUUAUACAAAAUUAGGCUUUCAACAACUAGAAGGAACAAAUACGUUCAAGUUUAAAUUUUUCAAACCUAGGAAAUAUGGCCAUAUGGAAGGUAUUGCAUUGUGUAAUCAUUUUAUAUCUCACAUUGGUUGGAUAUCAUGGAAACAUAUAGCUGUUGAAAAUAAAUAUACAAAAGGAAAGUCACUGUAUUACAAAGACUUUAUAAAAAUGGAUGAUACAAAAAAUUAUAAAUUCAUGCGGACAUAUCUUGCACUUUAUUUAAGAUGUCGCUAUAUUGAAAUAUUUCACAAUUUUAAUAUAAUGUUGAGGCAUAUAAUUAAUGUUUGUAAAUAUGAAAAUAAAAUGAAUUGUGCGGUUAAGCUUUAUGAAACACUAAUCACAUCACAUGACAUGUUUAAAAAAAUGUUAAUUGCUCUCGUUAAUUUAAGACAUUACACAAUAAAAAAAAAAGAGCGAAAUUCAGAAUUAUUAGUAGAGAAAGUGGUAGAAUUUUUUAUUAAUUAUUUGAAUGAUAUCAGAAAAAAGUAUUUUUCCCCAUUUUUAUUUACUAAUGGUGGACUUUAUGAAGCUCAAACGUUUCUUAAAGAAGUAGCUCACGUUUAUUUAAAUUUAGAGAUGAAAUUUAAAGACGUAAUUGAAUUUAACAUGAAAUAUUGCAGAAUUAAUAAAUAUGAAUCAGACAUAAAUUUAACUACAACAUUUGAACGAUUGAUUCAAAUGGAUAACUUAACAGAAUAUAGUACUACUUAUCAUUCUUUGUGUGAUUAUUUGAAAUCAUUUUUUCUAAAGGUUGUGAAAAAUGAUUAUGAGGAAUUAGGUUUCAAUAAUUUGUCUUUUAAAAAUUGAUUUAUUAUUCGAGACUUAAUAAAAUAUUGUAUGCAUGUUAUAUAUGUUGUUAU